CUAAUAGAUGUCGCCGAAAGUGACAAGUGACAUUUGACAUAUGACGUGGAUCUUGAAAUGUGUAGCAAAAGUAGAAUGUUUUAAACGCUUAAAAUAAAUUAAAACAGUACAAGUGACGUGAUUUUUGUGUUUGUCUUUACUUGGCGUCGCCCCUUUUACGAUGGCCACAUACGAGGAGUACAUCCAGCAGAACGAAGACCGCGACGGCAUCCGUUUCACUUGGAACGUGUGGCCCUCGAGUCGCAUCGAAGCCACUCGUCUGGUGGUCCCCCUUGGGUGUCUCUACCAGCCUCUCAAGGAGCGCCAAGACUUGCCCCCCAUUCAAUACGACCCGGUUUUGUGCACCCGCAAUAACUGUCGCGCGAUUUUGAACCCUUUGUGUCAAGUUGACUAUCGGGCGAAGCUCUGGGUUUGCAAUUUUUGUUUCCAACGAAAUCCGUUCCCCCCACAAUAUGCGGCCAUUUCCGAGCAACACCAACCGGCCGAACUCAUGCCAAUGUUCUCCACAAUUGAGUACACCAUAACUCGGGCCCAAUGCCUGCCCCCCAUUUACCUCCUAGUCGUGGACACUUGCAUGGACGAGGAGGAAUUGGGGGCCUUGAAAGACUCCCUCCAGAUGUCUCUAAGUCUCCUCCCUCCGACAUCCCUCAUCGGGCUCAUAACCUUCGGAAAAAUGGUCCAAGUGCACGAACUUGGCACUGAGGGCUGUAGCAAAUCGUACGUUUUUCGCGGAACGAAAGACUUGACAGCUAAGCAAAUACAAGAAAUGCUCGGGAUUGGGAAAGUCGCCGUUGCGCAGCCCCAACGAGGGGCCCCGCAAGCCCCCAUACCGCCCGCAAGCCGGUUUCUUCAGCCCGUUUCCAAAUGCGAUAUGAGUCUCACCGACUUGAUUGGGGAGCUCCAAAGGGACCCCUGGCCUGUGGGUCAAGGCAAACGUCCUUUGAGAUCAACAGGGGCUGCCUUGUCUAUAGCAAUAGGGCUUCUCGAAUGCACCUAUGCCAAUACUGGGGCGCGUGUUAUGAUGUUUCUAGGGGGGCCCUGUUCGCAAGGACCGGGUCAAGUGGUCAACGAUGAUUUGAAACAACCAAUAAGGUCGCAUCAUGAUAUUCAUAAAGACAAUGCAAAGUAUAUGAAAAAGGCUAUUAAGCAUUAUGAGGGGCUAGCAAUGAGGGCUGCCACCAAUGGGCAUUGUGUUGAUAUUUAUUCCUGUGCUUUGGAUCAAACUGGGUUAAUGGAAAUGAAACAGUGUUGCAAUUCAACAGGGGGUCACAUGGUGAUGGGGGAUUCCUUCAAUUCGUCGCUUUUUAAACAAACUUUUCAAAGGGUUUUUGCAAGGAAUGCCAAGAAUGACCUCAAAAUGGCCUUUAAUGCUACGUUGGAAGUCAAAUGCUCGAGGGAACUCAAAGUUCAAGGGGGUAUAGGGUCUUGUGUGUCUCUCAAUGUGAAAAGCCCCCUUGUGUCGGACACCGAAAUCGGUAUGGGUAACACAGUCCAAUGGAAAAUGUGCACUUUGACACCGAGUUCAACAAUUGCCCUGUUUUUUGAAGUGGUCAAUCAACAUUCGGCCCCCAUACCGCAAGGUGGACGUGGAUGCAUCCAAUUCAUAACACAAUAUCAACAUUCGAGUGGCCAGAGACGUAUUCGGGUGACAACAGUGGCCCGAAAUUGGGCCGACGCCACAGCGAACAUCCACCAUAUCAGCGCCGGCUUUGACCAGGAAUCAGCGGCCGUGUUAAUGGCCCGAAUGGCCGUUUAUCGGGCCGAAUCCGACGACAGCCCCGAUGUCUUGCGAUGGGUCGAUCGCAUGUUAAUCCGUCUGUGUCAAAAAUUCGGCGAAUACAACAAAGACGACCCUAACAGUUUCCGUUUGAGCGAAAACUUCAGUCUCUACCCCCAAUUCAUGUACCAUAUGCGUCGCUCCCAAUUCCUCCAAGUCUUCAACAACUCCCCCGACGAGACCUCCUUCUACCGUCACAUGUUGAUGCGCGAAGACCUCACCCAAAGUCUCAUCAUGAUCCAACCAAUUCUCUACAGUUAUAGUUUCAAUGGGCCCCCCGAGCCCGUCCUCCUCGACACCAGUUCCAUUCAACCUGAUCGAAUCCUCCUCAUGGACACAUUUUUCCAAAUUUUGAUUUUUCACGGCGAGACAAUCGCUCAGUGGCGGAGUCUCAAGUAUCAGGACAUGCCUGAGUAUGAGAAUUUCCGGCAAUUGUUGCAAGCGCCCGUUGAUGAUGCUCAGGAAAUCCUCCAAACGAGGUUCCCCAUGCCUAGAUACAUCGAUACGGAACAAGGGGGCUCCCAAGCCAGGUUUUUACUAUCGAAAGUCAACCCGAGUCAAACACAUAAUAAUAUGUAUGCUUAUGGAGGGGCAGUACCAGCGAGUGCGGACAGCGGAGCCCCCGUUUUGACCGACGACGUCUCAUUGCAAGUCUUUAUGGAACAUUUGAAGAAAUUGGCGGUUUCGUCAACGGCUUAAAACUAUUUUAUUAUUUAUUAAGUACAAUAAUAACAAGAAAAUAGUUGUGGUUAAGUGUUACACUUGUAAUAAAAAAAAUAUAUUCUACACAUAUACAUAA